UUGUGUGCUAUUUUACGUCUCAUUAAUGGGUGGCAGUAGAGGUCCUUACAAAGGCUGUGAAUGUCGCCGACUACAAGAAGAAGAGCUGGGCCAUCAGUCCAUAAAACAUAGCAAGCUGUAUUAGCUAGCUAAACUUCACCACAACACCUUUUUAUCGAGGCGAAAUGCCUCGUUAUGCACAGCUAGUGAUGGGCCCGGCGGGAAGCGGUAAGAGUACCUACUGCUCCACUAUGGUCCAGCAUUCAGAGUCCCUAAACCGCUCAGUUCAGGUGGUCAAUCUGGACCCGGCGGCUGAGCACUUUGACUAUCCUGUCAUGGCAGACAUCCGCGAGCUAAUCCAGGUGGAUGACGUGAUGGAAGACCAGUCUCUCAGAUUCGGUCCUAAUGGAGGCCUGGUCUUCUGCAUGGAGUACUUUGCCAACAACUUUGACUGGCUGGAGGAAAGCCUGGGUCAUGUAGAAGAUGACUACAUACUGUUUGACUGCCCAGGUCAGAUUGAACUUUACACACACCUCCCUGUAAUGAGGCAGCUGGUGGAGCAGCUCCAGCAGUGGGAGUUUCGGGUGUGUGGAGUCUUUCUGGUAGACUCCCAGUUCAUGGUGGAGUCUUUUAAGUUCAUCUCAGGAGUCAUGGCUGCCCUGAGUGCCAUGGUGUCAUUAGAGAUCCCUCAAGUAAACAUUAUGACAAAAAUGGACCUGCUUAGCCCUAAAGCAAAGAAAGAAAUUGAAAAGUACCUGGACCCAGACAUGUACUCAAUGAUGGAAGAUAACUCGGAUACCAUCAGAAGCACAAAGUUCAAGAAGCUGACUCAAGCCAUCUGUGGUCUGAUUGAUGACUACAGUAUGGUGAGAUUCCUGCCUUUUGACCGCACCGAUGAGGAAGGUAUUAACAUAGUACUACAACACAUUGACUUCUCCAUACAGUAUGGUGAGGACCUGGAGUUCAAGGAGCCAAAGGAGGUUGAUGAAGAGCCUGGUAAUGUAAAUUAUGAUGAGAUUUUUCAAGACAAAGUGGACAGCUGAAGUCGUUUGACUCCAGGAAAAAGGACACUUGUCAGAGUUGAAAGAAGAAGAAAACAGUUGAGGCUGAUGAAGAACCAAGAUUUGUUAUUAUCAAGCCAAGAUGGAGAAUAGCAUGGGAUUGCAAGGACACUGAAUGGGACAUGUGUGGGAAAAGACUGACUCUGAAGGUCAUGUAUUAUCUGGUGUGUGUUCAGAAGUUUUUAGUUUUGUAUGCUGUUUUUUGACUCAAGCCAUUUCUGUGAUUUCAGCUAAUUAAUGUUUCAUUAUUUCAGGACAGUGUUGAAAUCAAGAAGAAUUGCUCUUAAAUACAUUUAUUAAUGCUAUUUUUUUUAAAUAAAAU